AUGACGAUCAGGUAUGCAGUGUCGAACCGGUACCUGGUUCACUAUCCGAUUCAGCGGCUCGAGUCCGGGCGCCAGGUGACCUCGUUGGGACUGCGCUUCACUGUGCGGCCCGGACACUUCGUGCACGACGAGAUGCGCAUCAAGUGCAUGGCCUCGCUGCCGGGCGCCGCCAGGGGCUCGUCCGCCUCCACGUCCUCGUCGUCAGCCGGCGCUAGCGGCGACUCGUACUCCGAGAGGGAGUUCGUGCUCGGCAGCAGCCAUCGCUCGUCGGGGCUCCACGUGCCUGGGCACUACGGCGCUGUCGCUGAUUCCAACGGCUCGCCACCUCUGACGUCACUGGCUCUCUUCAUCCAAAGCUCAGCGACAUUGCUCCUUUUGACGCUACUGCCAAUGGUUUCGUGAAGCAGCCUUGACUCAGGAUCAAGUUCAAGAGUUUGUUGUAUACCCUUCCACCGACUUCAGUUCAUGUGUUUCUAAAACACCGUAUUUACACUUGUUCGAUUUUCGAUGUGCUUAACAUCAUUUACACAGUUGUCUUGGGCAUGAAAAAUAAUGUACAUAAAUCAGUGCCUUCGAUUCGCGUCAUCGAUGACAUCGUUAACAAUCAAGGGUUGAGUGAGUGCUGCAAACAAAUUGUGAAUAAUCGUGAAACUGUACAUGCAAUUAACGCUCCCCAAAUAACCGAUGAUGUGCGCUUUUUAAGCCAUGACGUGACGCUGGAAGGUUGGGAGCCUAUACAUUUCACAACGGACGGCUAGUGUGGAUAGAGCGGUUGUUUUUUUCCACGGUAUAGUCUUCAAUUGAAGCGACUGCCUGGCUUGAUGGCGUCGCACUGAGCACGCGUAGGCCUUCUGUCGUCUGGGAGGUGUCUGUGCAAUGCGCGUUGCCACUGCAGAGGCUCGUAAGGCGAAACUAGAUUUUUAUUGUAUAUGGACACUCCGAGCGCAUUUCUGCUGUCGGCGUCGCCGUCGCCGUCGCGGUCACCGUGAGGUUCCGUAUAAAGUCCAACGGCGAUAAAAUCGCCGCCGCGCGCCGUACGCUCUGUGUGCGAGUGAAAGCGUACGAGGGGAGCCGGCAAUCGCGGCUUCACGUAGCGAACGCCAGGGAAGAAGGCAGGCCGGAAGCGCGCGGACGUCUUUCGCGCGCGCGAGGCACG